AUGCUUCCUACCCAGUCUGCCGCGGCUAUCGGUAUGGGGAUGACGAGGAAAGUGAUGGGAGGAGGAGUUCCUCCUACCCCUAUCACACCCUCCUCCUCGGCUGCCAACCUCGCUGCUCUGCUCAACACCCCCCAGAGUCUGUCUACUACCCAGCAGUUGCAGCGUGCUCUCGGGCUUCCGACUCCUCCCUCGACUGUGCAGCGCACUACUGUGAACUUGCCUAACUCAGCCACAGGCCAGACCACCCCACAGUCGAAGCCGCCUAACGAUCCGCUGUUCAAUCCCAAAAACACCACCAAUGUGUAUGUCAACAACCUUCCUCUGCAUACGCCUGAUGAGGCAUUAUUCCGCCUCUGCUCUCCUUACGGUAAAGUACUCUCUGUCCGCGUCUUCCAUCGCGAGGACGCCCCCGUCCCUGGGUCGUACGGCUUUGUUCUGUUCGAGACUCUUGAGGAUGCUCGGAGGUGCAUCGUUGCCCUCCAUCGCUCUAGGUAUCAAGCUUCCUUCGCCAAGACCAGCAAGGUUCCCAAUCCUUUGCUUGCUGAUCAGCUUCUUCUUCCCUUUGUUGGUGCGCGUGAUGACGCGUCGAGCUUGCACGUCCGUGGCCUGGCUAAGAACACUGAUCAACAUACCCUUGAGCUGCUGUUCGUUCCCCACUUCGUCAUUUCUUUCCGCCUCGGAGAUGAAAUGAACGAUGGUACUGUUGUGUGGCCGACCAUCGACCGUGAGAUAACCGGAAAGGAGAACAUAUCUCCUGAGCAGACUAAGGAUGUGAAAUGGAAGGUCGCUCUUAUCAGAUUGAAAGAUCAUGACACUGCUGAGGAAAUGAUCGACAAACUCGAUGGCGCUUAUGUUCGCGGAUCCGAAACCCCUCUGAGCGUUCGAUUUGCCGAAGCUGGUGCAUGGCGUCGUGUGGGUAGCAAUCGCCCGAAAUCCGUCUUUCCCGGAUAUGGCGAAGAAGGACGCCUCAAUGACGCUGGUUGGGUUGGCGUAGACCUCCCCAGUGCAUCUAGGGCUCAGCCCAAUCUGGCGUUCUUCAACAUGGGUCUCGGUACGAUGGGGAUCCAGCAACCCGUUCCUCAGCAACAACAGCAGCAGCAGAUCAACCGGCCGGGACUUGGCACCGAUCACUGGAUCAGCAUGAACGACGUCAGCAACAUCCCCGCCUUCGGUGUGAACGACUUGGUUGGACUUCGUGGCCUACAGAACUUGAAUACGCUAAAUGGGCUUCAAGGUGUUGCGAACUUGCAAAACGCGGCUGGGCUUGCCAAUCUGAUGCAGUCGUUGAACUUGAACUCGCAACUCGGGCUUUCCAACACCCUCCCUCUCAAUAGCCGCAACGGCCUCGGUAACCUUGACACUAAUGCGCUGAAUGUUCUUGGCCGCCAGGAUCUGUACGGACCCGCCUUGUUCACUCCUGCUCAACUUCAAUCGCCUGUCUCUAUCCGCAAUCCGAAUGCUCCGAAGUUGUCCUCCCCAAACGGCAAGCAGACCCACAAUACCCCAAAUGACUUUCGUACGUCUUCCCACGGCACUUCGGCCAACACCAACAUGAAUUCGAAUAUGACUGGCACGCCUACCAGCUCAGUUGUUCGCGCCCCUCCUCCAUCUCCCUGCUCUCCUCAGAACGGACGCUUGGCGUCCGGUACUGUCUACACGCCCCAGUCGUUCCUCUCGUCGCUCCCCGCCAUCCCUGAAGCGUUCGAGGACAAUGCCCACCAGAGCCAGAAGCUUAACGAAGCUUUGGCCGCGCAACUCCUUGGCACGAAGACCGUUCCGCUUGUCGUCGAACCCAAGCACGAUGCGGGCAUUCAUCACAACAACAGCGCGGCCCCCAGCCACAUGCUCACUCCUCAGUCAUCUGUGCCGUCUUCUCAGGCUUCUUCUCAGCCCGUUUCUCCAGCCAUCUUGACCGCCCCGGGUUUCCCAGGUGCAGCUGACAACAAAAUCAAUGUCGAUCAAUCCUCCGCACAAAUAAUGAGCCAGGGCAUGCCCGCCCAGCGUCCUCGCACUCCGGCGCGCGGCGUCGGAGCCACUAUCAACAUGCCUUCCGCGCCUGCUGCUGCCCACUUAUCUGACAAAAUCAUCGGGUCUGAAAUGUCGGCCAUAAUGCCCGGGUCUUCUAUGGACCACAUCGUCAAGACGAGCGGUGGAUAUCAUGGAGCGAUCUCCGCUCCCAGGCCCAUCGCCGUCAAGGAUGACAAAUCACCUUCGCAGGUUGACGCUUGA